AUGUUAUCGGCCGACCUUUCCGGCCGUGGCCGCCCGCGGGGCGCGCGGAUAAGAGGAAGACUCAAGCCCCGCUCGGGCGUGAGCUCCAGAGCAGCUGCGCCCGCGGGGAAGCUGCAGCAGCUGCGGGUUUGCGAGGCGAGGCCUCGAGCCAAUGAGAAGUGCGCGGGGAGGGGCGGCGCUGGCCAAAAGCCCUUGAAGUGCGCGGGCGCGGGCUGCUUUUGCGGUGUACGGCGGGGUGGCCACAGCAUGGCGGUUUCCGACGCUCGUUCAGCUGGAGCAGCGAGGGAAGCUCUUCGAGGUGCUUGGGAACCUCACCAAGCGGCCCUACUGGUUUCACUCCGAGUACCUGAGGAGCCCGAAGGCAGUUCACCUGGAGGCCUGGCUGGUGGAGGCGCUCUUCGGUGCGUGGGCCCGAGAGGGGAAGUCAAGGCCGUCGGCCGGCCCCGGGGUGGCCGCGUCCUCGGCAGGCCUCUCCGGCGGCCGGGGCUGCCCUCCAGCGCCCCUGCUGCCGCCUCCCCUCCCGCCCCCGCUGCUAACGAUGUAUUUGCCUCCCGUGCAGGCCGGGGUGGAGAACUCAUCCCGCACGUCGAGUGUGUGUCACAGACCCUGCUUCACGUUCAUCAGUGGGACCCGGACGGCGAGGCUGAAAUCUUGAUAUUUGGCCGGCCUUAUUACCAGCAGGAUGUAUCCAAGAUGAUCAUGAAUUUGGCUGACUAUCACCAUCAACUCCGGGCGCGAAGUACGCGGAUGGGAACCAUGACAGGCAUCCUAGGCAGGCCCUGGGUUCUUGGGAGAGGUCCUGAUGCUUCCCGGCUGUGCCUGGGGUAG